CCCCCUAUAAUAAACAUCCCAGGAUCCAACCAAAACAUUUCAGUUUCACAAUAAAUAUUAACUCUGUCCUCUCUCUCUCUGCUUGCCCUCUAAUAAUUGAGGGUUGGGGGGUAAGAGAUAGAGAGAAAGAGAUGGAGAAUUCUACUGCUUACGAACCUCUUAUCUCAAACAGAGAUGAAGCCGGAGAAGUAUUGAACAGCCGUCGAGAAAGUUCAUCAUUUGUACAAGAAGAUGAUAUUUUACCAAUACAAGGAGCUGGAGAUUUCUUUAGAGAAUUCUCUGUCGAAUCCAAGAAACUAUGGCUUUUAGCUGGUCCUGCUGUAUUCACAUCAAUAUGCCAGUACUCACUUGGAGCUAUAACUCAAGUUUUCGCCGGUCAAGUCGGUACGCUAGAACUUGCUGCUUUCUCUGUAGAAAACUCUGUCAUCGCCGGAUUCUCUUUCGGCAUCAUGAUGGGAAUGGGAAGUGCCUUAGAAACCCUGUGCGGCCAGGCAUAUGGUGCCGGUCAACACGACAUGUUGGGGAUCUACAUGCAAAGAUCAUGGGUCAUACUCAACGCAACGUCAAUUAUCUUGAUGUUCCUCUACAUAUUUGCGGAACCACUUUUGAAAUUGAUCGGACAAGAUACGAAAAUAGCAGAAGCAGCUGGCGUUUUCGCAAUAUACAUGAUACCGCAGUUGUUUGCGUACUCGAUGAAUUUUCCGAUAGCCAAGUUCUUGCAAGCACAGAGCAAGAUCAUGGUAAUGGCUAUGAUAUCAUUUGUGGUUCUAAUUCUCCACACCGUAUUCAGUUGGGUCGUCAUGUUGAAACUUGGAUGGGGACUUGUCGGGGCAGCUGUGGUUUUGAAUGCAUCUUGGUGGCUAAUUGUUGUCGGCCAGUUGCUGUACAUAUUUAGUGGAACUUGUGGUAGAGCUUGGUCUGGAUUUUCAUGGAAGGCUUUUCAGAAUUUAUGGGGUUUUGUUAAGUUAUCUCUUGCAUCCGCCGUAAUGCUCUGUUUGGAGGUCUGGUACUAUAUGGCUUUGAUUCUAUUUGCUGGAUAUCUGAAGAACCCUGAAGUUGCAGUUGAUGCCCUCUCCACUUGUAUGAAUAUAUUGGGUUGGGCAGUAAUGGUGGCUUUCGGAUUCAAUGCAGCUACCAGUGUGAGGGUGUCUAAUGAACUUGGAGCAGGUCAUCCAAGAACCGCGAAAUUUUCAGUAAUAGUGGUUGUUCUAAGUUCGUUUGUUCUGGGAUUGAUCAUGGCCUUGGUUCUUAUCACCACUCGGAAAAUUUACCCGUCGGCAUUUACAAACAGUGUUGAGGUACAGGAACUCAUUUACAUUCUCACCCCAUUGCUAGCUUUCUCCAUCAUCAUAAACAACGUGCAGCCGGUCCUCUCAGGUGUGGCAAUAGGAGCAGGAUGGCAAGCUCUAGUUGCUUAUGUAAACAUUGGGUGUUACUAUCUUUUCGGGAUUCCUUUGGGUCUCAUUUUCGGUUACAAGCUCGAUUUCGGUGUCCAGGGGAUUUGGUGCGGAAUGCUUUUAGGGACUAUAUUGCAAACUGGUAUCCUCUUUGGAAUGACUUACAUGACGAAUUGGAACAAAGAGGCUUCUAUUGCAGGCUAUAGGAUUAGAAAAUGGGGUGGCGAACCCGAUGCAGAAGAGAAAAAGAAUUUGGUUUGAUUUUAUCACCAAUGUAGUGGGGUGCCCAUCUGGAUCGAAACUCGUCAGAAGUUGCGGCAAAGGAACCAAAGUCGAGCACAGCAUCUCUUUUAUGAUAGUGCUACUUUUAAGAUUGGUUUGAGAAGUGUUACUUCUUUUUUGUAGGCAGUGAAUAUUUUGAUUGAUGGUCCUUGGAUGAAUUUGACUUUUGCAGAGAAUUUCUGCCUCUAUAGUCUAUCCGCAACUCACACUUAAAAAUUAAUCAGCAGCACUCACGUCUGUGUCUGUGUCUGUGAGUGGGAUCAUCAUCUGUCUAACAAAAAGUUCCUCCUUUCUAAGAAGAGUAUGAAUUAUUUAUUUUUGAAUGGAAGAAGAAUGCAGUAUUGAGACCCUAUGCCAAUUAAAUACCAGAACUUCUUCUU